AUAAUGCUGAAGCCUCUUGCCAGGAGAUGCGAGGCUACGGAAAGCUAAUUUUCACUGGAAGGUGUACAAUCAUCCACCAACCGGUUUUCUGUCAGUGAUGUAGGGAAGGUGGAUUCUCUUGGUGUAAAAUACCUACCAGGACCUGUGUGAUAUGACCCUGACAAGAGGAUCCUUCACCUAUUCCAACGGUGAAGAGUACCAUGGGGAGUGGAGGGAAGGUCUGAGACAUGGUCUAGGCCAGCUGACGUUAUGUGAUGGGACUUGUUACACGGGUCAGUUCGAGAACGGACUCUUCAACGGCUGUGGGAUGCUGGUCUUCCCUGAUGGAUCCAGGUACGAAGGAGACUUCAUUCAGGGGAAGUUCCAAGGCGCAGGCGUCUUCAGUCGUUUUGACGGGAUGAAGUUCGAAGGAGAGUUCAAGAGUGGAUGUGUGCAGGGAUACGGUAUGCUGACGUUCGCUGACGGAGGUCCGGAAAGAGGGGGAGGAGGAGGAGGAAGAGGAGGAGGAAGAGGAGGGACGAGUCACGAGGGUCUGUUUGAAAGAGGCCAGCUGGUGGGCAGAGAGGGGUGCCAGGGCACGGUGCAGCGGGCACAGGGGGCAGCCGCCAAGGCACGGGCUCUCUCCAUGUGACCUGCAGCUAGGGUGCGCUACUCAGGGAGCACUUCACUAUCAUACUCACACCCUUCUUUUUCUUCAUUCAUCUCAUUCUGUUCUCUGUCUUUACGGUUGUACUCCUCUGUACACAGUGUACAAAACAUUAAGAACGCCCUGAAGAGCCUCAGUUCGUUGGGGGCCUGGAUUCUACAAGGUGUCGAAAGCGUUCCACAGGGAUGCUGGCCCAUGAUGACUGCAAAUGCUUCCCACAGUUGUGUCAAGUUGACUGGAUGUCCUUCAGGUGGUGGACCAUUCUUGAUACACACAGGAAACUGUUGAGCGUGAAAACCCCAGCAGCGAUGCAGUUCUUGACACACGCAAACCGGUGCGCCUGGCAGACUCAGACUUUUGAUUGUCUCUAUUAAAAAGAGGAGGAUCCCAUCAGCUAUCUGUAGGCUAACUAUAUUUAUUUCUCAACUCUGCUAAUAUUAAGCAUAUUGCUUCGCUUUACAAUCGGAGUAGCCUACCUAGCUGGCAUGAAAAUGAACCGCGGGAAAAGUGCCUUCCGUUCGCUAUUCAAGUGCAUAUGGCUGAGAGGUACAUGAUAAUGGCCCAUUCUAAACCAAAAUUAAUCUCACUCAAAUAUUAUUUAGCAUAUGUAAAGGCAAGAUUAAAUUGAGAAUAGUCUGAUGGGUGACACUAUUAUCCCUUGUGAAUGAUGCCCAGUGUGUGCAAUCUAAGGCAAGAAACAGUGGGGGACUUUUAUUAGAUUAUAGUCGCAUGCAUUGUGUGGUCUAGCCCAUAGGCCUAUAUGUUUUUAUAAGGUUUGUAAUCACAACUAAAGUGUCCAAAUAACUCCAAAAGUAGCCUCUAAGCCCAAGACCCCUGGAACAUGGUUGUAGUGCCCAUAGCCUACAGAGCCUAGUGAAACCUGUUCUUAUAAGCCAUCAUUGUGCGAUCUCGUGUGAAAACAGUUUUGACUGGACACCAUUUAAAAGAAGAUCCCAGCUUUCUCUUACUGCUAUAUUUAUUGCUUAAUUCUUCAAAUUAAGUUCAUUAAUCCGCUUUAUAAACAGUGUACCCUACUAAAUAAUUCCACACAUAUAUUAAUAGGCUAUAUGUAAAGACCAGAUUAAAUUGAGAAUAGUCUGAUGGGUGAGAAUAUUAUCCAGCGCUUGUCGAGUAGUGAAUGAGAGACUGAUGAAGUGUGUGCAGCCUGCGUAAGAAACACAGCAGAGUACUUCCCUUUCAUUAUCCAGCGCUUGUCGAGUAGUGAAUGAGAGACUGAUGAAGUCUGUGCAGCCUGCUUAAGAAACACAGCAGAGUGCUUCCCUUUCAUUAUCCAGCGCUUGUCGAGUAGUGAAUGAGAGACUGAUGAAGUGUGUGCUGCCUGCAUAAGAAACACAGCAGAGUGCUUCCCUUUCAUUAUCCAGCGCUUGUCGAGUAGUGAAUGAGAGACUGAUGAAGUGUGUGCAGCCUGCGUAAGAAACACAGCAGAGUAAUUCCCUUUCAUUAUCCAGCGCUUGUCGAGUAGUGAAUGAGAGACUGAUGAAGUCUGUGCAGCCUGCUUAAGAAACACAGCAGAGUGCUUCCCUUUCAUUAUCCAGCGCUUGUCGAGUAGUGAAUGAGAGACUGAUGAAGUGUGUGCUGCCUGCAUAAGAAACACAGCAGAGUGCUUCCCUUUCAUUAUCCAGCGCUUGUCGAGUAGUGAAUGAGAGACUGAUGAAGUGUGUACUGCCUGCGUAAGAAACACAGCAGAGUGCUUCCCUUUCAUUAUCCAGCGCUUGUCGAGUAAUGAAUGAGAGACUGAUGAAGUGUGUGCAGCCUGCGUAAGAAACACAGCAGAGUGCUUCCCUUUCAUUAUCCAGCGCUUGUCGAGUAAUGAAUGAGAGACUGAUGAAGUGUGUGCAGCCUGCGUAAGAAACACAGCAGAGUGCUUCCCUUUCAUUAUCCAGCGCUUGUCGAGUAAUGAAUGAGAGACUGAUGAAGUGUGUGUAGCCUGCGUAAGAAACACAGCAGAGUGCUUCCCUUUCAUUCAGCUUUUUUCAGAUCAUCAUUUGUCGCAUCAUACGGCCUUAGAAUGCAUUCAAAUUCUAAACAUAUAGCCCAACGUUUGUAUCACAGCUAAAGUUGCAUGAAUAAAUAAAUGAAGCAUA